AUGUCGGUGAAGGGCGAUGAGGUUACCGGUCCUACCGUUUGGAAAAAUGGUAGGUACAAGUACAAGAUUUUGGUGGGUACUAUAAUGGGUAUUCUCAUUUUGCUAGUAAGCUUUUUGAAAUUACAAGUGCCACCCACGCAAGAAUUUUCCAAAUUGGCACUUUCUCCUGAGGAUAAGUUGGAAUUAAAGAAGUUAGGUUUAACUCCUCGAGAUCCCGUUGUUGUUCGUGAUGCAGAGGGAAAGGAACGGAAAUUGUAUGGUAGAUUCCUUCACAUUACAGACAUGCAUCCAGACUUGUACUAUGUGGAAGGUACUUCUGUUGAUGAAGUUUGCCAUAGAGGAGAGCCAAAGGAUAAAAAAGAUUAUGCAUCAAGAUUCGGUAAAGCUACUAGUGGAUGUGAUGCACCAGUGCCACUCAUAAACCGGACUUUGAGUUGGAUUGAAAAUAACUUGAGGGAUAAGAUUGACUUUGUCAUUUGGACUGGUGAUAAUAUUCGUCAUGAUAACGAUAGAAAUUAUCCCAGGACUGAAGACCAUAUUUUUGCACUUAAUGGACUUUGUGCAAAUAUAAUGCAUAGUAUAUUUGGUAAACGUGACAGUGAAAAUCCGAGAGAAUUUGACGUUACCGUUGUACCAAGUAUUGGUAACAACGAUGUUUUCCCGCAUAACCUUUUGGCAUUGGGCCCCACUUUACAGACUAGGGAAUAUUAUAAACUUUGGGCACCCUUCAUUCCACAGGACCAAUUAAGAGUCUUUCACAGAGGUGUUUGCUUUGUCUCAGAAGUUAUCCCCGGUAAAUUGGCGGUCAUGUCGGUUAAUACGCUUUAUCUGUUCAAGGCAAAUCCAUUGGUAGACACCUGUGAUUCUAAGAAAGAACCAGGCUAUCAGCUGCUAAUAUGGAUGGGGACAGUUUUAGAGGAAUUGAGACAACGUGGUGUUAAAGUUUGGUUAUCUGGACACGUGCCGCCCACGCAGAAGAACAUGGAGGGCGGAUGUUUCCACAAGUAUACUCUUUGGACUCAUGAGUACAGAGAUAUCAUCAUUGGUGGAGUUUACGGGCAUAUGAACAUGGAUCACUUCAUACCAUUGGAUAGUGAAGAGUCUUGGCGAGCUAUAAAUGAAGGUGUCGCUUUUGAGGACCAGAGUGACAGCAAUGAUGAUGAAGCGUUUUUGAAAGGAGUUGAUUUAAUCCAUGAAAUGGGAGCGAAGCCAGUUAAUAAGGAUGUUUACAUGCAAAGCGUCAGAGAAAAUAGCUAUAAGCCAAUACUUGACCAACUGGAUAAAGUAGAAGUGGACGUGGAAGUAGAUAGUUCUGGUAAAAAAAAGAAGAAGAAGAAGAAGAAGAAGAAGAACCCACCAGUUACCUUUGAAGAAAUGUGUGACAGGUAUUCUAUUGUUAAUAUAGCAGGAUCUGUUGUUCCCACAUUUAAUCCAGCAUUCCGUGUAUGGGAGUAUAACAUUACGGGAUUAGACCAAGAAGAAUUACCGGGAAGACAGUCUUGGGAUAAAUUUUAUGAUAAACUAGAACAAAUUAUGUCAGAGGACGUACAUCUGGAUAACAAUAAGAAGAACAGCCCGGAUAAGACCAUUCCUAAGGCCAAACCGUCAGACUUACCAUUGGGACCAGGAUAUGAAGCGCAGCUGUUUUCCCCCACGAAAUUUGUCCAAUACUACGCAGAUUUGGACUCAAUAGAUAAGGAGUACAGAAGGUUGAUCAAGCAAGGUGUUGAUCAGGUGACCGCAGGCGAAAGGGCAUUUGACUACAAGGUGGAAUACACUUCACAAGAUGAACCAUAUCCGAUGUCAAACCUUCUUGUAAGGGAUUACAUUACACUUGCAUCCAACUUAGCUGGAAACAAAACACAAUGGAAAGAAUACGUCUACAGAUCAUUCAUAUCAUCUGGAUAUAAAGAUAGUAAAGAUUAA